AUGCGCGAAUAUCGGAGUUGGUUCAAAAUAAACAAGAUUAAAAAUUUCCUUUCCCGGGCGAGUUAUAUUUUUUCAACUGAUAAGGAUUUCCCUUCCCUAGCGAAAAUCUCUCUUACUGUAAUCCAGCCGAGAACAGACAGUCCUGAUCAUCUCCGUUUUAUUGGAAUCACGGAUGCUGAUGGACACAGUGAAUUCGUUUAUACCAACACCGUAAAAGACGAAUGCGUCAAAACCCCAUCUUCCAAGUGUUACGACGUUUGCCGGUUUUCCAGUUCGAAAGCGGAUUUCUACACCAACGUCGAAUGCCGUCUUUGCCUCGUUCGCUGGAAGUGCUUGGACCUCGACUCGUUAAGAAAAUGUGGCAAGAGCAAAUGUCACGAACAAUGUCACGAGGAGCUACAGCCAAGAGAACUUUUUGGAAUUCCGUCCAGGUGGAGACAAGAGGAUUGCUUGGCUUGUAUGAUACAGAAAAACUGCGCCACGGAAUACGAUCUGCAGAUGCAUUACGGUUAUACUGUCGACUGCGCCAGUGAAUGUGCCAGUAAUGAAUCCAUGAAUUGCCCGUCAAUUCCUGCGGCAAACGAUUGCAAAACCGCGUGUGAUGGAGAAUGCCAAAAUUCUGAUUCUGAUUGUCACAUUGACUGCUUCAAACGGCAAUGUCCAGAAACACAGGACUCAUGCGUCAACUGCAUAGAAUCGUGUUCGGCAACGAAAGUUCUCGUCGAAGCUCAUAUGAAUGCUCAAAUGGACAGAUCGGUGAUGGAAUUUCCGAUUUUGAAGGCGAGAUUUACGAAGGACUACAUGAGAGCUAACGAUUUAUUGCCAACAUCAGCGCCCAAGCCAGCAAAAUCGAAAGGUCGAGAGCGAGUCAAAAGCGAAAAAGAUAAAUCCAAGCGGAAACUCAAGAAAGAGCGAAGAAGGGAGAAAAGGAACAAGCGACAACAACUUCAAGCUCAAAGAAAACAAAAAAGAAGAAACCGAAAAAAGACGCGAAAGUCGAAGAAGCAGCAGCAACGCCAGCAAAACCAAAAGGGUUGA